AUGCACUUCGACGGCUCCAAGAUGCGUCUCGGCCUGGGGGCCGGCAUCGUGCUCUCCUCCCCGAAGGGCGACCGGCUUCGGUACGCGCACCAGAUCCACUUCACCGCCACCAAUAACGUUGGUGAGUAUGAAGCCCUUGUGCAUGGCCUUCGGCUGGCCAAGGAACUCGGCAUCCGACGCAUCCUGUGCUACGGCGACUUGGAUUUGGUGGUGCAGCAGUGCUCCGGCGAGUGGGACGCCCGCGACCCCAACAUGGCAAGCUACCGCCUCCUCGUCCAGAAGCUGCCCGGUUUCUUCGUAGGCUACGAGUUCCUACACAUCCAGCGCGCGGAAAAUGAGGCCGCUGACACGCUCACCAAGAUUGCCUUGUCUCGACAGUCCAUCACGUCCGGUGUCUCACUCGAGCACCUACACAAGCCGUCCGUCAAGCUGUCUCCGGGCUCCGAGUCCAUCUUCGUUCCGGACAACCCGGCCGCGCCUCAACCCAGCUCAGGGACUGUCGAACCCGGCCCGGGGACUGCUGAACCUAGCCCAGGGGCUGCAGCCGUUGACCCGGCCGUCGUCAUCCUCAACCCAUCCCCGACCCGGGGGUUGUUGCCCCCAGCUCGGUGGCAGCCGUCCCAGAACCCGCCAUGGUGGCCGUCUUCGCCGUGGUGA